CCAAACCCUCUCUUAAACCCCUCCGCCCCUUCUUCUUCUUACCUUUCAAUCUCCCCCUCCCGCCGCCAUGGCCUCAGCUCAAGCCUUAGAGGUUGCUACGGAGUCGGUGACGUCAGUCACGUUCAGGUUCUAUACCAACGAAGAGGCUCAGAGGCUGAGCGUUGUCAAGGUUACCAAAGGGGAUUUGGUCGACGAAUUGGGAACGCCGGUGCCCGGCGGCCUUUACGAUCCGGCAAUGGGCCCUCUCGACGACAGAGGCAACGAACGGUGCAAAACAUGUGGUGAUAGUUCGUUUACCUGCCGGGGUCAUUUUGGUCACAUUGACAUUGUUUUGCUUGUCUAUAAUCCCUUGUUGUUCAAUGUUCUUUACAAACUUCUACAAAGAACCUGCCUAAAUUGUUACUGUUUCCGAACAAGUAAAGAGCUGGUUGAAAAAUAUGUUUCCAAACUGGAACUCGUGAUGAAAGGUGACGUUGUUGGAGCGAAAAGAUUAGACUCUGACACACCUAAUGAAUACUCAUAUCUUGAGGAGGACGUCAAAGGAAAUAAUAUUGAGAGAGAGGGGAAUUCAAAGCAGGAAAGAUGGACAUCUCUUCAGUUCACAGAGGCGAUGUCUAUUUUGGAAGAUUCUUUGGAUACAAAACAAAAAUGCAACAAUUGCAAAUUUAAAAAUCCUAAAAUCAUUAAACCGACUUUUGGUUGGUUACAGAUGAAUGGAGCCAACAAUGCUAGAGAAAAUGUUAUCAGAGGUCUGGUAGGUUCCUUAAGUGUUCAAGAAGAAGGUGAAUCUUGUGGUGACGAUGUUGAUGCAGGCAAAUCUGAUAUGUCCUAUGCAUCCUCUCUUGUGACUCAAGAUACUGCAACGAAGAAGAGUAAAGGACAAGAGGGCAAAGUGCUCAAUGAGUUCUUUAAGCAGAAAAAGAAGUUCUCCGGAGAUCUUUUACCAAUUGAGGUUAAAGAUAUAAUGAGGCGUUUGUGGAAAAAUGAGGCCGGACUCUGCUCUUUUCUCAGUGAUAUUCAGUGCCAAGGCUUUGAAAGAAAAGAAGGUUACUCUAUGUUUUUCUUAGAGACUGUUCUUGUACCACCAAUCAAAUUUCGUCCUGCAGCCCAUAGUGGUGAUUCUGUGAUGGAGCACCCUCAAACAGUUUCGUUGAGUAAGGUAAUCGAGAAAAAUACAUACUUGAAAGAUGCUCUUGGUAAUGACAACCUGUCACAGACAAUUCUCCGUUGGAGACAACUUCAAGAUUGUAUAAAUAUAAUGUUCGAUAGCAAAACUGUUGCAGGUCAAGGUAAAACAGAUGCUUCUGGAAUAUGCCAGUUGCUGGAGAAGAAGGAAGGCGUGUUCCGCCAGAAAAUGAUGGGAAAGAGGGUCAAUCAUGCAUGCCGAUCUGUUAUUUCCCCAGACCCCUAUUUAGCUGUUAAUGAGAUUGGAGUUCCUCCAAUCUUUGCAAAAACAUUAACUUAUCCUGAGGGAGUUACUCCAUGGAAUGUUUUCAAGAUGAGGAAUGCUAUUGUCAAUGGUUCUGAAAUACAUCCUGGAGCUACACACUAUAUUGAUAAAGCAUCUAAGAAGUUGCCACAACAGAGGGAGGACCGCGUUAAAUUGUCAAGAAAGCUACCUUCUUCAGAAGGGGCAGGGACGCAACACAGGAAGGGAUCAGAGUAUGAAAACAAAGUUGUACGUCGUCACAUGGAAGAUGGGGACGUUGUUCUUGUUAAUCGCCAGCCUACACUUCACAAACCCAGUAUAAUGGCUCAUAUAGUUCGUGUAUUGCCAGGGGAGAAAACAUUACGCAUGCACUAUGCAAAUUGCAGCACUUACAAUGCUGAUUUUGAUGGGGAUGAAAUGAACGUUCAUUUGCCACAAGAUGAAAUUUCCCGAGCCGAAGCUUACAAUUUAGUGAACGCAAAUAAUCAAUACGUAAAGCCCACUAGUGGUGAUCCAAUUCGAGCCUUAAUUCAGGACCAUGUUAUAAGUGCUGUCCUCCUUACAAAAAAAGAUACCUUUCUCCACUCAGAUGAAUAUAAUCAGCUUCUUUAUAGUUCUUCUGUUUCAGCAUGUGGUUUGGACACUUUCUCUGGAAAACCAGGUCAAAAGGUUCUAUCAUCCAACUCUGAAGGUGCAAUGCAAGCCCUUCUUCCGGCAAUUUGGAAACCAGUGCGUCUGUGGACUGGAAAGCAGGUCAUCAGUACCUUGCUAAAUCAUAUUACAAGUGGAUCUCCACCACUUACUGUUGAAAAGGAAGCAAAACUUCCAUCUGGGUUUUUCAACUGUAAGACUCUUGAAGAAGAAGAUAAAUCUGAUAAAGGUCGACGAACAAAAGAGAAGAAGUCUAGAAAAGAAGAAGCUGGUAAUGAUGAUCUGAAGGAAAGAGAGGAGCCAGAUGAGAGCAAAUUGUUAAUCUAUAGAAACAUCUUGGUGCGUGGCGUGAUUGACAAAAAUCAGUUUGGUGAUUAUGGUUUGGUCCAUAAUGUGCAAGAAUUCUAUGGUUCAGAAGCUGCAGGAAAAUUGCUUUCUGUUUUUAGCCGUUUAUAUACUGUUUAUUUACAGAUGCAUGGGUUCACUUGUGGAGUUGAUGAUCUUUUGCUAAUACAAAGCAAAGACGAGAAAAUGAAGGAACAACUUGAAAGUUGUGAAGAGCUUGGUGAAAAAGUAUUCCGUGAGUUUAUUGGUGCCAGACAAAGUAAAAGGAAAGAUCCACUGAUACUGCGAUCGGAUAUCGAAGAAUUUUUACGCAACAAUGGAGAAUCUGUAUCGGAAAUGUUGGACAGGAAAAUGACGAGUGAACUUAAUAAGAAAAUCUCCAAAUCUGAUGUCUUUAAACAAUUGUUUAAGAAAGGGUUAUCAAAACCAUCAGUUAAGAAUUAUAUGUAUCUUAUGACAAGCUCUGGCGCUAAAGGUGGUGUGGCAAAUCUCCAACAAAUUGCUUCAUACUUGGGUCAGCAAGAACUAGAAGGAAAACGAGUCCCUCAAAUGGUUUCUGGAAAGACCUUACCAUGCUUCCCUCCAUGGGAUUGGUCACCUCGAGCUGGAGGUUUUAUUAUUGAUCGCUUUCUAACUGGUCUUCAUCCUCAGGAAUAUUAUUUUCACUGCAUGGCUGGCCGUGAAGGGCUGGUUGAUACAGCUGUCAAAACAUCUCGUAGUGGCUACUUGCAAAGAUGCCUUAUUAAAAAUCUCGAAUGCCUUAAGGUUUCUUAUGAUUAUACUGUCCGUGAUGCGGAUGGUUCAAUUGUUCAAUUCCGUUAUGGGGAGGAUGGUAUUGAUGUCCAUUUGACAAGCUUUAUCAAAAAAUUUGAAAAAUUGGCAAAUAAUAAAGAAAUGUUUGACGAGAGAGUUGGUCAUCAAAUCGGUGAAUACCCCUUUAUUGAAGAGUUGCCUCCUGCCUAUAAAAAAAGAGCAGGCCUCAACAUAAAGUUAAUGGAGCACAAAUAUCUCAGCAGUCUUGCACAACCAGGAGAACCAGUUGGUGUUCUUGCUGGUCAGUCUGUAGGAGAACCAUCUACACAGAUGACUCUAAAUACCUUCCAUAAUGCUGGGCGAAGUGAAAUGAAUGUGACUCUUGGAAUUCCACGGCUCCAAGAGAUCUUGAUGACUGCUUCAAGUGAUAUCAAGACUCCAGUUAUGACGUGUCCAUUGAUAAAGGAGAAAGCGGAGGAUGCUAAAAGUAUAGCUGAUAGGUUAAAGAGGAUCACUGUGGCCGACAUAAUUGAGAGCAUGAAAGUAAAUAUUACACCAUUUACACAUCAAGAUCAUAAGGCCUGCCGUAUUUAUAAGCUUGAGAUGAUACUCUAUAUACCACAACAUCUUUCGAAAUUUUCAGAAGACUGGGAGGAACUCCUAGAGGUUAAGUUUGUCAGGGCCUUGGAGGAUGCCAUACAAAAUCAUUUGGUUUUGCUAUCCAAAAUUAGUGGUAUAAAAGAUAUAAAGGCUGAUUCACUGCCAAAGGCAUCAAAUGAGACGGAUGAAGACGUUUCUUGUAACAUAUCCCAGCAUGAGGCAGGAGAUGAUGAUGAUGGCGAUGUAGAUGACAGUGGUGAAGGAGCUGAAGACUUUGGGUUGGAUGCACAUAAACAAAAGCGGCAGGGUACAGAUGAGAUGGAGUAUGAAGAUGACUGUGAGGAAGAAGUGACUGAAGCUCAUUAUCCCGAUGGAGAAAGCGAAAUUGAUAAGGGGGAUAGUGACGUUGAAGUCGAUAACGAUGGUGUGUCGGGGAUCUCUGAUGCUAAUGAUGAAAUGGAUGAAAGGCCAUUAACGGGAGACACAUCUAAGCCACACUCAAAAGGAAAAAAGACCGAAUCAAGGGAUAAAAUAAAAAAAAAGGCAAGAGCGAAACUAGUAAGAAAGGAGUAUGACAGGGCAACUUUUGUGUCAGCCAAGGGAUUUCACUUUGAGAUCCAUUUUAAAUUUACCAAUGAACCUCAUAUUCUUCUGGAUCAGAUUGCUCGGAAGACAUCCCGAAAUGUUUGUGUCAAAAGCUCUGGCAAGAUAUUGGAUUGCAAAGAUAUUGAUAUUUAUGGUAAUGAAGAUCAAGUUUACUGCUCCUGGGAGGAUCCCAAAAAUCCCACAGAAGAAGAAAAGAAGAUGCGAGCCUUGCAGACAGCAGGCGUGGAUUUUCCUACACUAUGGAAACUGCAUGAUUAUCUUGAUGUUAACUAUAUAUAUUCCAACAACAUUCAUGCUAUGCUGACCACCUAUGGAGUAGAAGCCGCCAGAGAAACUAUCAUCAAAGAAAUAAGUAAUGUCUUCAAGGUUUAUGGGAUAUCUGUCAAUAUCCGACACCUUUCGCUAAUAGCUGACUACAUGACUUAUAGUGGUGGUUACCGUCCAAUGAACAGAUUUGGGGGUAUAGCAGAGUCUAUAUCGCCCAUCAAUAAAAUGUCAUUUGAGACGGCUUCCAAGUUCAUUCGUGAAGCAGCAUACCAUGGGGAGACGGAUGACUUGGAAACACCAUCUGCUAGGAUAUGUCUUGGGCUGCCAGUAAAAGUGGGCACUGGCUCGUUUGAUGUGAUGCAGAAGAUUGAGAUUUAGAUGUGGUUAGUAUGCGAUGGAUGAAAAUUGAGAGGUAUUUUGAUGUAUGAAAAAGAUGAGCCAACGCUCUCAGUUUGUAUUUGUUAUUUAUGUUUUCUAACGGGCCAAUACCUUUGUUAGCUGAUGUAAUCUUUUUGAGCAUCUCGAAGAAAAGAAAGUGUUUUUACGGGGAAUGAAAAUGUUU